CCUUUCGGGGAAUGAUGGGAACGAUGGGGAAGAUGGCGGCCCUGGUCGCCGAGCCCAGGGAAGACGCUUUUCGGAAGCUCUUCCGAUUCUACCGUCAGAGCCGCCUUGGGACCGCCGAUCUGGGAGAAGUGAUCGACUUCGCCCAGGCUUCCCCGGCGCGGGACAGCGGCCACAAGGUAUUCAGGUCUCCACUAAGUGUGUCCUCGGUCAGUGAGCAAGAUGCAUGUAGAGCAGGACUUCAGCCAGUCCACAAGUGGAAAGCCUAUGGCUUAGAAGGCUAUCCAGGAUUUAUUUUUAUCCCAAACCCCUUCCUCCCAGGUUAUCAGCGUCACUGGGUGAAACAGUGCCUUAAGCUUUACUCCCGGAAACCCAAUGUCUGUAACCUGGACAAGCACAUGGUUUCAGAAGAGACCCAGGAUCUGUGGGGACAGAGCCAGGAGCUCCUGAGAAAUAAAGACCUGAACAAAAAAAGACCUCGAAGUUUGCUAGAAAAACUACGUUGGGUGACCCUGGGCUACCAUUACAACUGGGACAAUAAGACAUACUCAGCUGAUCGCUACACACCUUUCCCCCCAGACCUGGCUUACCUCUCAAAACAAGUGGCUGCUGCAUGUGGAUUUCAGGACUUCCAAGCUGAGGCUGGAAUACUCAAUUACUAUCGAUUAGACUCCACACUGGGGAUCCAUGUUGACAGAUCAGAAUUAGAUCACACCAAGCCUCUCUUGUCCUUUAGCUUUGGACAGUCUGCCAUCUUUCUUCUGGGUGGCCUCAAAAGAGAUGAAGUCCCCACAGCCAUGUUUAUGCAUAGUGGAGACAUCAUGGUGAUGUCAGGAUUCAGCCGUCUGUUGAACCACGCUGUCCCAAGAGUCCUCCCAAAUUUUGAUGGGACAAGCCUGCCUCGUUGCCUGGAGGUACCACUCGCAGAUGCCUUACCUGCAGAUUCAAUUGCAGAACCCUGUUCUGUGGAGGACUGGCAGGUGUGUGCCAACUAUCUGCAAACAGCUCGGGUUAACAUGACUGUACGACAAGUGCUGGCCACUGGCCAAGACUGGGAGGACAAAGAAACUGAGACCACAAGUGAAAGUUCUUACCAUCUUGAUGAUGAAAAUAAUGAGGCAAAGCGGCCCAGGCUGAACCCUAGCAGUUGAGAUUUGGGCAACCCAAACACUUAGGUCCUAUAAUCAACAGUCACAAUUUGUAUUGCCAUGAGCUUCAUCUGGAAGAACUGUGUGAACCUUUGACUAGAAAAAAACAAACAGAGACCAGCACAUCAUUGAUUGCACAAGGCCUGUGAAAACCUUUUGGAAAAAAAAUCCUGGUUUAUCAGUUUUAUGAAGAGCUGACUUGUUCUUAUCCCAUAAGACUUGACACGAUAUAUACUCCUUACAAGCUCAUAAGCUUGAACUCAGCCUAACUUGCCGCAGUUGUCCAUGGACGUAGAAAACAUUCCAAAAACAGGCUUGCCUUCAUGACUUGUCCUCUGCCAUUAUUUCUGAUGAUGAUAGCACAGAUAAAUUUCUGUGCCUGUGGGACUUCGAGAUGCUGCAGGCUUAGAGGAACAUUAAUUGUUGGAGAGAGAAUCACCCACUCUAACCAGGAACCACUGAGAAAAAUAUGAUCCUGUACCAUCCUUCAUUUCCCCUUCCAUCUCUUCACUCCUGUUCUGGUUUUUCAAAGGAAAACGGUGCACAUACCAAGCAGUGAAGCUACGAAUCUUAUCCUCCAAAAAAUGAAAUUAAUCAGUAGCUAUCUUUCUUGCCCAAGAGGUAAAUAUAUUUAAUCCAAGUAAAAGAAACAGCAGGUUUUUUAAAAACACAUUUUCUUUAGGACUCUAAAUUCUUCUCUAUCAGACUUUUAAAUGCAAUUUUAAUUGUUAGAGUGAAAUUCCAAGUCCCAGGGGUGUUCUGUCACUGUUUUCUCCAUAAAUAACCUGACUCUGUUUUAAAUUAAAGAUCACUAUCUGUUUUGAA